AUGCCAACAACGAAAGCUUUACAAAUUGUUAUCAAUCAAAUUCAUAUAAUCACUCAUGCUGAUAACAGUCCAAGAAUAAGAAGACAGCAUGAUGGGGGGAGUGAAAAAGGAAAGGAAAUGAAAAGGACCACAAUGAAAUGUUUUAAUGCUUAUAACAUCCUAGGAUAUGAAUCAAAUUGGGGCUUGCCAUUGGCGAUAGCAGCGAACUUACACAGACCGUAUCGAAUAGAAAUUGGCAUUGAGAAUAUUGAGAAUGCCAAAAUCAAGGAUAAACAAGGAAAAGUUCUCAUCGUCUGCUCACCAUUCAACUCACCAAUAACAAAUCACAUCGUAAAAAGAUAUCAAAAUCAUCAUCACACAAGACUCUUAUUGAUUGACAUAAUUGGCAAUGUAUUUAGCUACGAGCGUCCUUUCUAUCGAGAUUUUAAUAAACUGUUCGUGCUGACAAUUUUAACACAAAAAUUCAAAUACGUCCUUAACAGUAAAUAUCAUGAUGAAUUUAGUCGAUAUUUAAAUUUAACGAGCAUCAACACACGUCAUCGUCAACAAGAUGCAAAUGAGCCUGACGAGAAUGAAUGUGAUUUUGAUAAGUACAAAGGUAGUAAUUAUAAAGAUAUGGAAGUGGCACUCGCGAGCUUUACAGCAUCAUGUAAGCAUAAAAUCAAAGAACAUUAUUGCAAUAAUCUCACAAAUAGUCGUGUUGAUGACGAUGAUGAUACUAAAGCAUUUUGUGAGAGAUUUCAUCAAAAAGAUAUUAACGUAGCAGAUGACGAUGGCAAUGAAAGAAGAAGCAACAGCAAUGGAGUACAAUUGAAUGACUUCACAUUCAAUAAGCAAUUAGUUUUCAGUGAACAUUUCAAUCUUUUCGAUUUUAUCACGUCUAUCAUGCGGAGUGAUGAAGACGAGGAUGAUAAAGGUGCCGAUAAGAAGAACAUAAGCAAUCAAGAACGACAUCAUCAAUUUGAUUUCAUUGUCCUCGAUUUUAAAUCAAUUUUAAAUGCGACAGAUGACAGUAUUGUCAGCUGGCGACCACUCAUUAUACUUGAACAGAAUCAAAUUGAUAAAAAUGCUUUCAUCAUGCAUCAUGCACUUUACGAACGUGAUGUCUAUGACGAUUGGCAGCAAAAUAUAUUUAAGUGGAGUUGUAGUGGAUUAUGUUGGGGAAUAAUUGCCGCAAUCCUUCUCAUCAUUAUUGGCCUUAUCUUUAUCACCAGUCUUUUUGCUGCUAUUGCUGCAAGGAACUACUUUUUGAAAAAGCGAUUAUCAAAAGGACCAAAUAAAGUUGUGCUGGCACCAUCUGAUUUUGUAUUUCCGAUUGAUGCUCGUCGUGUAGACGAAGGUAUUGAAGCAAUGUUAUGUUGUUGGCUGCAACAGCUACAAGAAUUUGGUGGACCUGAAGUUGACAAGCCUGAUCUGUUAAAGGGAUCCAUAGGAUCAUUAAAGAAUUUAGGACUGCCAGGUGUUGGUGGUGCCAAAGGAAGCUCUGCAUCAGGAAGUAUAGUUAAACAAAAUAACGCAAAUAUGUUAGAAUUUAAGGCACGUUAUCAGGGUGAUUUAGUUCAAUUGAAGGAGAUUCACGUACCUUCUGGAAAUUCCAUUGAGUUAAAAACAAAAGCAAUGGAUCAUCUAAUAAUGGCACAUGGCCUAAGACACGAGAACAUAAAUCCAUUAAUAGGAUUUCUUAGUGAUCCAAAUCGUACGGCACUCGUUUUCGAGCAUUGCUCUCGCGGAUCACUUCAGGACGUCCUCAUAAUGGACGAAAUAAAACUCGACUGGUCAUUUCGAUUGAGCUUACUUACGGACUUAGUACGUGGUAUGAGAUACUUACAUUCAAGUCCAUUACGUGUUCAUGGAUCGUUAACGUCAAGAAAUUGUGUUGUUGAUGCACGUUGGGUACUCAAAAUUACUGAUUAUGGCUUGCCAGCUUUUUAUGAGUCGCAAGGACUUGCGCCACCCCCAAAGACGGCUAAAGAACUUUUAUGGACAGCACCCGAGGCUAUACGUGGCACAAAAAAUUACUCAAAAAAUGGCACACAAGCAGCUGACGUCUUCUCCUUUGGCAUCAUCAUGCAGGAGGUCGUCGUGAGAGGUGAACCAUACUGUAUGCUGUCAUUAUCACCCGAAGAGAUAAUUGCUAAAAUUACAAAGCCACCGCCAUUAAUACGACCUUCGGUAUCGAAGGGAGCAGCUCCGCCGGAAGCUAUAAAUAUAAUGCGUCAGUGUUGGUCGGAAAAUCCAGAAUUAAGGCCUGACUUUGCAGACAUCGCAGAAAAAUUCAAACUUCUCAAUCAUGGCAGAAAAGUAAAUUUUGUCGAUACAAUGUUCCAAAUGCUCGAAAAAUAUUCAAACAAUUUAGAGGAACUAAUUAAAGAACGAACCGAGCAAUUAGACAUGGAACGCAAAAAGACUGAACAAUUACUAAACAGAAUGUUGCCAAGUUCUGUUGCUGAAAAGCUCAAAAUGGGACUAGCUGUUGAUCCAGAAGAAUUUUCCGAAGUAACAAUCUACUUUUCAGAUAUUGUCGGCUUUACCGCAAUUGCUGCACAUUGUACACCCGUACAGGUUGUUGAUCUGUUAAAUGAUUUAUAUACGUGCUUCGAUGCCACAAUUAUGAGCUAUCCAAAUGUUUAUAAAGUUGAAACGAUAGGCGAUGCGUACAUGGUUGUUGGUGGCUUGCCUAAUCCACGUCCCGAUCAUGCAGAACAAAUUGCUACAAUGGCAUUAGAGCUGCUUCAUCAAAGCGGAAAUUUUAAAAUUAGACAUUUGCCUGGUGUGCCGCUUCAGUUGAGAAUUGGUCUUCAUACAGGUCCAUGUUGUGCCGGAGUUGUGGGUUUAACAAUGCCACGGUACUGCUUAUUCGGUGAUACUGUUAAUACAGCUUCGAGGAUGGAGUCGUCAGGUUCAUCAUGGAGAAUUCAUAUGUCAAACACGACGUGUGAUAGACUUGAAGAAGCUGGUGGAUAUAUAAUUGACUCACGUGGUCCGAUAGAGAUAAAAGGAAAGGGAAAGAUGAAAACUUAUUGGCUGUUAGGAAAGAAAGGAUUUGAUAAGCCGCUGCCUAGUCCACCGCCACUUGGUGAAUCUCAUGGCUUGGAUGAAUUACUGAAGCGAAAUUCUGAAGUGGCAGCAAAAUGUGGUGAACCGGUGAGAAUUGGCAAUGCAAACAGCCUUACAAGUUCAAAUCAAUCAAGUCAUUCACCUUCGGUGACGGGUGAGUCGCUCGAUGUGAAAGUUGAAAUAACACCAGCACCACCAACACCGAUGAGUGACAUUCAAAAUUCUUUUUCAAUUGAGUCGACGAGCAGCUUAACAAUAUGUUCUGACAUCUCAUCAAAGUCUCAAGCAACGUCACCAAAUGUUAGGAAAUUCUCUGAGAUUCCAUUAGAGACGGGUGGAUUUCUUAAUCCAAUUGGGAAUUUCAAUAGAAUGAAUCCAUCUCCUCCGAAUACUGCAUCCGCAAGACUGUUCAAGAAACUUGAGGAGAUGAUUGACCUUUCGUUGCCGUACAAUCAUUAUCGUUGCCUAAGUCCGAGUGAAACGAAUUUGGCAAAUCCGUCAAUUGACAAAUCGAGCAUCGUUAGUCCAAUUUCACGACAAAAUGAUUCAGGAAAGCCAGGCUCAAGUCGACUAUUAAGAAGGCAAUUUAGUUUAGAUAAGGACGAUUUAUCAGGGUCACAUAAAAAUCAUGGAACUUUAGAGACCAUUUCAUCAUUGGUCGAGUCUACGAAGCAACAGAAUUUCACACCAAAAUCACAAUAUCAACCGCUCAUAUCAUCAUCAAGUCUCCCAGCAUCGUCUGUUGUAAUCAAUAUGCCAUGUAACAAAUUGCAGAAGCAUCAAUCAGCUAGUAUAGCACAAGAUUUAGAGAAAAUUGAGGAAAUAAAUGUUGAUGUUCCCACAUCGCCCAUCAACGGAUCAUCAAAGACUAGUUCUAACAAUAGUAACGAUGUUAAUAGCUUUAAGAGUUCAAAUAAUGCGAACAAUAAUUUAAAGAAUCAAAAUCCAUCGGCAUCAAUCAAUUCGGAACGGAACGAUUUCAGUAUUAAUGUUGAAUCAUUAGGUUUAAGAUAA